CCCGCGAUACUGACUUAAUUGCCCCUGCGACUACGCCUGCCUUAUCAGAAGUACCACGUCCUGUCCAACCAAGAGUGAACCCAACUCGUUGUGUUUUGUUAAAAAAUAUGUUUAAUCCUGAAGAAGAAACUGAAUCAAAUUGGGCCGAAGAACUUGAAGAAGACGUAAAAGGAGAAUGCGUCAAAUAUGGUGCUGUUGUACAUAUUAGUGUUGACAAAGAAUCAGAAGGAGAUAUUUAUAUGAAAUUUGAUAAUGUCGCGUCCGCUAAAAAUGCAGUGAAUGGCCUCAACGGACGAUGGUUUGGAGGCAAUCAAAUCACGGCUGUGUUUAUUCUCGAUAUGUUUUAUAACGCUCGAUUUCCAAAAGCAGCAAAUCUAUGA